AGUCCAUCCUCAGGGGGCAUUCCUCAAAAUAACCUUCCACACUAUAUACUGUAUAUGCAUGCUGUGCAGCCAUGCUUCUGAAAUAGCCACCCCGAAAAAAAAAGCUGGGAAAUAAGUCAACAUAUCAAUAAGCAAAUUAAAAGAUGGCGACCCAUCAGAAGCCAAGCAGCAAUGGCGGUGGCAAGGGGACUCCAGCCAGGGUGAAACCCAGGGAUGUCAGACCCAGACCCAACAAGCUAAACAGCCCUGAAUCCAGGAAAAAUUCAGAGGCAGGCCAUGAUGACAUUGAAGAAGAACCUGAUGAGGAGAUGGUCUCUCAGCCCCUGACAGCAAGAGAAAGGAAGUACCUCCUUGCUGUGGAAAGAGGAAACUUGGCAACAGUGAAAAGAUUUGUGGAGGGUGGAGCAGCAGAUGAUGAAGACUUGAAGAAACCAGGUGACCAGCAGCAGCCAUCAGGAGAAGAACCCCAGGAGAAUGAGCCAGUCAACAUUGACUGCACUGACCCCCUGGGCAGAAGUGCUCUGGUGAUAGCCAUAGAAAACGAGAACAUAGAGCUCUUGUACUACUUGCUGGACAUUGGGGUCAAGCCCAAGGACUCUUUGUUGCAUGCCAUAGAGGAACAGUAUGUGGAAGCUGUGGAGAUCCUGCUGGACUUUGAAGAGGCCACCCACAAACCAGGCGAACUUUAUAGCUGGGAGAAAGUGGAUGACAAGGAAGCUUCCUGGACCCCAGACGUGACUCCGCUCAUCUUGGCUGCUCACAAGAACAACUAUGAGAUCCUCAAGAUCCUCUUGGACAGGGGGGCCACUCUUCCAAUGCCUCAUGAUGUCAAGUGUUCUUGUGAUGAGUGUGAUUGUUCUUCAAAAACUGAUAGUCUCAGGCACUCGAGAUCCCGCAUCAAUGCCUACACAGCCCUGGCAAGUCCGAGCCUGAUUGCACUGUCCAGCAGGGAUCCCCUGCUCACGGCAUUUGAACUGUCCUGGGAACUGAGGAGGUUGAGCAGAGUUGAAAACGAGUUCCAGCAAGAAUACACAGACCUGAGAAGACAGGUGCAGAAAUUCGCAGUGGACUUGCUGGACCACACCAGGACUUCCAAGGAGCUGGAAAUCAUGCUCAACUACAAUCCCGAAGACGUGUUUGAGAGGGAAGAGGAGCAGCACGGCGGCAAAAUGGGGUUGGAAAGACUGAAGCUGGCCAUAGACUACAGGCAGAAGGAGUUUGUUGCACAUGCAAAUGUGCAGCAGUUGCUGACUUCUCUGUGGUACGACGGGAUGCCGGGGUUCCGCAGGAAAGCCAUGAUUGCCCAGGGCUUCGAGAUCAUGAAGAUCGGGGCCACGUUCCCGCUGUUUUGCUUCAACUACUUGCUGGCCCCCCACUCGGCCACGGGCUCCAAGCUCAAGCAGCCCUUCAUCAAGUUCAUCGUCAACUCUUCCUCCUACAUGUUUUUCCUCUUCUUGCUCGUGAUUGUGAGCCAGCGCGUGGAGAACAUGGCCAUCCGGCUCCUGGGCACCCAGGGCAUGGUCCAGCGGCUGGCCGAGUGGGAGAAGCAGGACCGCGGUGCCCUGCCGUCCUACGUCGAGAGCCUCAUCAUGUUCUACGUCCUCGGGUUCGUGUGGGCCGAGGUGAAGCAGUUGUGGGACGCCGGCGGCAUGCUCAGCUACGCCCAGGACAUGUGGAACUUUGUCGACUUUGCCAUGAACUUCCUCUACUGCGCCUGGAUCGGGCUCAGGGUGGUGUCAUGGUUCGUGGUCCAGCGGGAACUGGCGUAUGGCUAUGACCCCUACAUCCCCCGAGAAAAGUGGGAUGCCUGGGAUCCCAUGCUUCUGUCCGAGGGUGUCUUUGGAGCUGCCACCAUCUUCAGCAUUCUCAGACUCGUGCACAUCUUCUCGGUGAACCACCACCUGGGCCCGCUGCAAAUCUCCCUGGGCCGCAUGAUCUACGACAUCAUGAAGUUCUUCUUCUUCUACAUCCUCGUCAUCUUCGCCUUCGGCUGCGGCAUGAACCAGUUGCUGUGGUACUACGCAGACAUCGACCGGGAGAACUGCUACAAGGGCGGGCACCUGCCGGACAGGGGCAACGCGGACCACUCCUGCGACGUCUGGAGACGAUUUGCCAACCCCUUCGAGACUUCCCAGUCCCUGUUUUGGGCCAGCUUCGGCCUCAUCGACCUCAACAACUUCGAGUUGACCGGGAUCAAGAGCUUCACCCGGUUCUGGGCCAUGCUCAUGUUCGGCUCCUACUCGACCAUCAACGUCGUCGUCCUGCUCAACCUCCUCAUCGCCAUGAUGAGCAAUUCCUUUUCUGAGAUUGUGAAAGCCGAUGUGGAGUGGAAGUUCGCCAGGAGCAAGUUGUGGAUCAGCUACUUUGAGGACGGCGGCACUGUGCCGCCGCCCUUCAACGUCAUCCCGUCGCCCAAGUCCAUCAGGGCCCUGUUCGGCUGCGGAGGCGCCCCCAAGAAGAGAGAGUCCUUCCGCAAAAAGAAGAGGGGGGAGAAGGAGCGAGAACACAAUCAGCGAAUCAACGACGACACCGAGGUGACGGAGGACGACGUGAACGAAAUCAAGCAGGAAGUGUCGUCCUUCAAGUACCAGCUCUUUGACCUCAUGCGGCAAAACAACUGGAAAAUGGACGGCGUGGACAAGGGAGAAGGAGGCCUCGGGAGACGGGAGAGGACAAAGGAGAGGCGACUGCUCAAGGGAUUCAACAUUGGACUGGUUGAGGGCGUCAACUUUGAAGUGGUUGCCGACAGGGGAUCGUCCAAUGCUCUGGCCAAGAUCAUCAUGAAGGUGACCAAGCGCGGCAGCAGCAAGCGGAACUGGAACGAGAUCGUGGCGGCCAACGCGCCCAAGGUCGUGGACCAGAUCGGCCAGCGGGCCGAGUACCAGCGACGGCGGACGACGAGACGCGGCGGGUCCAAGUUGCGGCGGGAGACGGUGUUGCCGACGUCGCGCGGGUGGCGCCGAGUGGCGGCCGUGGCGCGGGAAGGCGGCUUCCGGGGGGGAAGACUCAACAGCUUCGUCAUCAGGCGAGUACAUAUACCGCAAAGAGUCGAGACGGAGAGACGCCAGAGCAUCGCGCACGAAGGCUGGGCCAAAGUGGGCAAGUUGUCGGACGUGGGCGCGUUCAAGCGGUACGACAGCGAAAUCCUGCGGCACAACAGGACGAUGCAAGCAUCAGCAGCCAAUAAGGAACCCGAAGCAAUAACAGCAUCAACAGCAUCAGUAGGAUCCGACAUGAAAGACACGACGAAGACGACGACGACGACGACGACGACAUCAUCAUCAUCAGCACCACCUAGUGCUGCUGCUGCUGCUGGCUCAUCGUCGUCAUCGGUCGCCAUGGAGCUGAUGACUCGACACGACUCCCAACGCUCGGGCAUCCUCAAGUCCGCCGCCGUCGUCGUCGAUGACGCGUCUCCGUCCAAACAGUCCGUCGGCAGCGUCAAGAAGCGCAUCAGCUUCGGUCGGGCCCGACACCAGCACCAGCAACAACAGUCCCUGCCACCCAUCGCACCUUCCCCGGUGCCACCAGCACGAGCUGCUGCAGCUACUCCAUCUGCAGACCCAUCAUCAUCAUCAUCAUCAUCCACUGCAGCAUGCGUAAUAGAGCCCGAGCCGACGACGACGACGACGAGGGACGUACAGAUUGAAAUCGAGGCUUCGCCGGGGUCCUGGCCCGGAGACGACGAAGGACAGCCGGAGAGUGUCCCGAUGAUGCAGGCUGCUGCUGGCCCCAGCAGCAGCAGCAGCACCAUCACCACCAAGGGCUCCUCUGCUGCAGACAAGGAGAAGAAGCAGGCCACUUCGCCCGAGGCGCGUUGGAAGGCCCGCGAUGACGCUUGGCUUUGAACAACAAGAAGAAGAAGAAAAAGGGGAAAGUCACACUGAGUGGUGACUGUUGUCACGAUUGAGUCAACUCUUUUGCUGCUGCUCAGCAUCACCUUUUCCAAAUACUGUGCAGGUACGCUGUACUCACUCAUUCGCACGGACGGAAAAGGGAAAUUCGAGGUCCAGCAUCACGUCCAACACUCCAGCAUCAUGCAGCUGAUGUGAGAUGCGCGCCGUCUUCUCUUGCGCUGAAAUAAUAAUUAGUUAUUAGGGCAAUAAUAUAGAACUCGGAUACUGUACAUAUCAUCCGGGAUAUAAAUGUUAAACGACUGAAUCCCUCAUUAUUUGUAGUGUAUAGUCAAUCAGAGAAUCCAGCAAUAAGCCUGAUUACGGUGUGCUAACAUUUAUUUCUGAAACCCCGUGAUGAUGGACGAGUGCUUCAUUAUUACAAUAUUUUUCUUGUGUUCCUCCUCAAUGAAGAAUUGUAGUAUUGUAUACUGUGAUUACCAUACAACUGCUGGAGGAUCCGACGAAUAACCCAUAAGAAUUGAACACCAGCAAUAAGCGCUGUUCAAUAGUGAAUGUGACGAAUUCUUCCUUCGAUGACCAGCUUUUCUCAAAGCGACAUGCGUAAUGUAUAGAGAUUCAAUAAUGCCCUCAUAUCCUCGCAAUAAAUCUUCAGUGUUGAUCUCAACAGUGUUUUGAAAGAAGCAAACAAGUGCAUGUGAGCCUACAUGUUUAAUUUAGCCAUCAUUCAAAUGGAUUGUGCUGUUGCACAUGACAUACGUUCUUGCGUCACUUGAAAAUCGAGGAAAUUCUACCACGAGCAAAAAGAUAAUCUUUUUUUUUUUAUCGCGCAUUGCUUGAUUCAAUUCGUGAGAUGAGUACUUUCGUGUUCAGAGUCUUACAAAAAGUUCGUCUCGCACUUCCACGGCAUCUGCAUAAAUACGGUAGAUCUUUCGUAGACACCUCUUCAUUCCCCGAAGGCAGCAUUAAUGUUCUAUUCUUUAUACGAAAAGAAGGCAUCCAAUCAGAGGACGUCCAUUCCGUAGAUUCCUGGAAUCAUUUCCAGAAAGACUGUGUUGCCUUAGAUGAAGAAGAAGAAGAAGAAACAAAUCAUACUAUGCGUAGUUGUUCCAUCAUCGAUCACAUUGUUUGAAUGCUUCACAUGUUAAUGUGGCCCUGGAAUAAGAACUACGACGAUGUUUUUCAGGA